ACGUCAGAAUUUUUUUACCAUCCAAACACGUUUCAAGUCCACCCAGAAAAAAGAAUCAAACAAGAAUGGAACAGAACUCCAACAGAGCUGAAGCUGAACGCUUGCUCGGAGUGGCGGAGAAGCUCCUUAGCCAAGGCGAUUUUAACGGGUCAAAAGAGUUCGCGAUCCUCGCCCAAGAAACCGAACCUCUGUUAGAAGGCUCAGAUCAGAUCUUAGCCGUAGCCGACGUCCUCCUCGUUGCGGACAAACGCAUAAAUAACCAUCACGAUUGGUACUCCAUCUUACAAAUCGACCGUCGAUCUGACGAUCAGGAUCUCAUCAAGAAACAGUUCCGCAGGCUCGCGCUGCUCCUCCACCCUGACAAAAACAAGUACCCUUUCGCAGAUCGAGCCUUCAAGCUCGUGGCCGAUGCCUGGGCUGUUUUAUCCGACACACGGAAGAAAUCGCCGUACGAUCACGAGCUAAUUCUUUUUACUAAGGUCGAUUUAAAAAAUUCUGAUUCCACCCACCAAGGUAAAUUGCCCGUGAGAAGAGGCCGGUCGCAGAACAGUACAAAGAAAAAUAAUCAUAAUCGGCAGGAGGAGGAGCAGCGAUCAAAAUUGUCAACUUUCUGGACAACGUGUCCGUACUGUUAUAUAUUAUACGAGUAUCCAAAGGUUUAUGAGAAUUGUUGUUUAAGAUGUCAGAAUUGUCAAAGAGGAUUUCAUGCAGUCUUAAUACCGAAAUUGCCUCCGUUGGUUCCGGGGAAGGAGGCUUACUAUUGUUGCUGGGGGUUCUUUCCGAUGGGGUAUUCAGCUGCGAAUCCGGAAAAUGGUGUGGCGACACCUCCAUCUACGUCAGGGUUUCCUAAUUGGAUGCCGCCGAUGUUUCAGGGUGGUGGUGGUGGUAGUGGUAGUGGUGUUGUGGCAGCGGGACCCAAGGUUGGUAGUGGUGGUGUUGGUGGUGGUGUUGGUGGUGGUGGUGGUGGUGUUGGAGUUGGUGUUGGUGUUGGUGUUGAGGCUCAGGGUGGGAAUGUUAAAGUUAUUAAUGAUCAGCAAGUGGUGCUUAAGAAAAGAGGAAGGCCAAGGAAGAGUCCUAUUUAGCUUUAACCAGGAGGCUAGGUCGGGUUAUAAGAUGUCUAUAAGGAUGAUAAGCAAUGCAAUUUUCAGCGAGCGAUUUUGGUGGAUGUGAUGAUAGGGGUAGGAGUGGAGAAUGAUGAAUGAAUGCUCAGCUGCGUAUGUUUUGUGAAAUUUCUAGAUGGUGACAAUUUAUUGGUAAUAAACAGAACAGUGGCAGAGCAAUACAUGGUUAGAUUUGGUGUGUAAGGGAAACUCUCGUCUGCUCUUGAAUUUCUUGGUUUGUUAUCCAAAAAUGGAUUAGAAAAUUGCAGUUAUGGACAUCAAAGCUGGUAGAUUUAUUAAGUAAUGUUAAGUUGAUGAACAUCUAUUGCUGUUGACUUCUAUGAUGUGAUCAACAUCCAAUUUCCUCAUUUUCACCUUGAGGACAAAGAGGAGAAGGGGCAUUUUUUCUCCUUGAGGACAAAGAGGAGAAGGGGCAUUAGUGGGCAGAAGGGCAAUAAGAGAGAGUUAGAGGAAUAAUCCAUGUGGAAUUAUUAGUGGGGAAUCAAGUGUGCAUAUAAAUUGAGCAAAUAUCGUGAAAAGGGGUUAAGUUGUUUUCUUAGUGAAUAUUGGUGGGAGGCUACUAGCACCUCGAAAUGCUAAUAUGUAUGUUUCUUUUUUGCUUAAUAAUUUUCCUUUGAAUGUUAUUGCAUCUGUUACUCUUUUAUCAAUAUAAUUCAUAUCAAUA